GUCUGGCACGUCCUUGCUCCUCGGUGCAGUCUCGGUGGCCCUGAUGCAAUAAGGGAUUGUCCCCGUGUCUCAGUGGCCAGGGCUGGCUGAGGUCCCACCGUGCCCCUGCCAUCCUGGGCAGCUGCCACCCUGUUCCCUGCGGCGCUGCCAAGGCACUGGGAGGAUUCACGGAGCUGGUGGCAGUGCAGCCAAGGAAUGCAGACAGCUCGACACACGAUGGUGCAGAUAAUUCAAAUUAAAUUUUAAUCUAGCAUGAAUUAAUACCAUGGCAUUAACAUUUCUUCAUCAGUACCAAUUACAGUACAUUAGCAGCUACUGCUGAAGAACACAAUAGUCUCUAAUAUGCGUCAUUAAUGUGUAACAGAUCCCUCUGGGUCAUGCCUUACCCACCCUAGAUAAAAGCCGCAACAGAGGCAGGCAGGGGCUCACAGCCAGUGCACACCUUUGGGGCUGGCUCUCACUCCGGGGCUAUCGAUCCCAGUGUGGCCCUGUGGCGCUGCAGCCGGGGUUGGCAGUGGCCCCUCCAGCCUCACCCAGGGUCAGGUUUAGCACUGUCACCUGUCCCAGCCGAGCACAGUCUCCUCAUCCGCAGAGGCUCCACCACAGCUCCCAAACGUCUGGAGGAUGGUGAUCGUGGUCUGCAGGCAGCGUCUGCAGGGCGAGAUGGCACGGCGGGCGCUGGCAUUGGCACUCUGCCUGUCCCUGUCUGCGGUGGCAUCUGCCGACUGUGUCACCCAGUGCUCCCUCUGCGCAGCCCAGACCCGCGGUGCCGAGAGCGGCGUCCAGCCCCUGAUGUGCCUGUGGGAGUGCCAGGGCUCCUUGUCACCCGGCCCCGAGUGGGAGAUGUGCAGGAAGGCGCUGGCGCUCCUGGCCCCGCUGGUGGCCCUGGCCGAAGGGACAGAGCCGUCGCCACAGGAGGCGGAGGAGGCUGAGGCGGAGCCGGAGCAGGGUCCGGACCCCGCCGAGCUGCCGCUGGCGCCGGCCAAGCGCUACGGGGGCUUCAUGAAGAUGAUGUCCAAGGGGAAGCUGCUGUCCCUGCUCCGCGAGAACGCUCACAGCAAGGGCGGCCUCAGCAAGAAGCUGGGGGGCUUCAGCCGCAAGCCGGGGGAGCGAGCGGCCCCCGAGGACUACCCGGGGCCGGCAGGGGACGGGGACGAAGAGCCCACGGGUGCCGGGGCCGAGGGGCAGCAGCUGGCGCAGCUGCACAAGCGCUACGGGGGCUUCAUGCGCCGCAUCCGGCCCAAGCUCAAGUGGGACAAUCAGAAGCGCUACGGGGGCUUCCUGCGGAGGCAGUUCAAGGUGAUCACGCGGUCGGACGAGGACCCCAGCGCCUACUCAGGGGAGGUCUCAGACCUAUAGAGCCAGGCGUGGGACGGCAGCAACACAGUCCCCACAAUGCCACCCCGACCGUGCCGUCGCCCCCAGCCCUGUCCCCAGGCCAGCCCGGUGCGGCUGGUGUCACCCUCGCCUCAUUCCCCCAGGAGACCACGGGUUCCAUCCGCAGUUAUCCCUCUCCGGUUCGCCUGCCCAUCCUGCGCACGGAGGGGAGGGUGCCGCUCCCCCGGCCGCCGGCGGUGCGGCCGUGGCCCAGCCCAGGGUUCCCGAAUCGCUGGGGACACAUUCCCUCCGUCCUCCCGUGGCUGCCGGAGCACAGCAGGGUCUGGAAAGCAUCACAGCUGAGGCACAGGGCAGCGGGCUCCGAGCGCUGGGAAGGACGAGCCAGGGCAGGAUCAGGGAGGUGGCAGCUGUGGCCAUGGGCAGAGGUGACUGGUGGAACCACAGCACCAUCACCAGGUGCUCAAGCAGCGCUGAGCCCAGCCCUCACUCCCCUCCCUGAGCCUCUCAGUGUCCCACUAAUCCCAGCAGCCGCCUGGUGCCCCUGGGCUCCCCUUCCAAGAACGACUCUAGAGGCACGGGCAGCCCCAUGCCCCCAACACCCAACUCCCCCCUGCAGUCAAUAAAAGGCAGAUGCCAACGAA